AUGUUACAACAAUUAAACUAUAUAAAUUCUAGCGAACCCUCUAACCGUGAUAUUGAAGGAUUCAUAGCCAGAACGGUGUGGAAACGACCACUUAAGAAGCAUAUUGACAUACUCGAUUACAAUGUUUUCAAAAACCAGAAAUCAGAAGUAAAGGCAUUAAUGAACCUUGUUGCCAAAAGGUUCAAGAUAUAUUUAGAAUACCUGAUAGCGGAUUCUAGAGGAGAAAAUCCAAAUUACACAUCCAUGGUAUUAAAUUGUAAAAGUGAUCUGCAUUAUUCAUUCGAUUUAAAUGUACGUUCUAAAAAAACUUAUCUUAGUGACUAUAAUUUAUCGGAUGACCUGAACCAUCAAUUCAUCAGCAAUAUUAAUUAUAACAAUCAAGAAUGCCGAUAUCAAUAUGAGCUUAAUAAUGACUUGAACUAUAAUAAUCAACAAUUUAAACUUAAUAAUGCUCAAAAUGAUGAUAAUAUUCGAGAUGAUAAUGAUAAUAAAGCCAAUGAUAAUGUUCAAGCCGACAAUGAUAUUCAAGCUGAUGAUGAUAUUCAAGCUGACGAUGAUAUUCAAGCCGACAAUGAUAUUCAAGCUGAUGAUGAUUAUAAUAUUCAAGCUAAUGAUGAUACUCAAUUUGAUCAAGAAUAUGAAGAUAGUGAUAUGAAUGAUAUGUAUAAUAAGAAUGGACUUAAUGAUAACAUAAAUACCUAUAAUUCAGAUGAUGAGCCCGAUGAUUAUUAUAAUACUCAAGCCAAUGAUGAUUAUAAUACUCAAGCCGAUAAUGAUACUCAAGUCGAUGAUGACCAACUAUCUUACUAUACGGACAAUAACAACCAAAACUAUA